AUGAAUCAAGAAAUCUACGAAGAACUGCUCUUCGCAAGAACUUUGAUAACCGACACUAAAGGUGAAUCAAUAUUUCAUGUUUUGAACGAUUACUUCAUUGAAAAAGCAAUUCCUUUAUCAAAUAUAAUAUCACUAGCUACAGAUGGAGCACCUGCCAUAGUUGGACGUUAUCGUGGAUUUAUAAGCUAUUUAAAACAAAAUGUUUCAGGGGUGUUAGCAAUACAUUGCAUCAUCCAUCGACAACAUUUAGUUGCUAAAAAUUUGAGUGUUAGAUUGCAUGAAUCACUUCAUUUAGUCAUUGAUGCAGUAAACCGAAUCCGAAGCAACGCGUUGAAUACGCGGUUAUUUGCGCAGUUGUGUGAAGAAAACGACGAACACUUUCAUCAAUUACUCCUUCACACCGAAGUAUGCUGGCUGUCGAAAGGCUUAUGUUUGACAAGAUUUUUUGCACUUUUUGAGACUAUUUUAGAAUUUCUGGAUACUAAAGAUAAAAUUUUAAAAGAAAAUUUAAUGAAGAGGAAAACAGACAUCGCCUAUUUAACAGUUUUGUUUACAAAAUUUAAUAUGGUUAAUUUGCAGUUACAAGGCGACAGUUUAAAUUUGAUUAAAACAAAGUCCAUCUUAUCACCGUUUCUUGCCAGAGUUAAACUAAUGAAGCAAAAUAUUGGACGGGGCGAAUUUUCUCAGUUCCCCAAUUUGUCACAGGCAAGCUGCCAGGAAGACGACGUUUCAACUUACGUUCAACAUUUAAAUGCCCUCUAUUCAGAUUUUGAAUCUAGGUUUGAGGAUAUUUUGACUAUGGUAAUACCACCGUGGAUAAUUAAUCCAUAUGGUGACAUAGAAGAAACGAUUGUCAUAAUACAAGAGGAACUGACUGAACUAAGUACAAACGAAGAACUUAAGGUUCAGUUUAAAAACGGAUAUCAGCAAUUCUGGCUGCAAAACAACAUACCCGUUACUUAUCCCGUAUUAUGGAUUAUAACGAGGAAAUUUUUAAUUUCCUUUCCAUCGUCAAACCUAGUGGAAAGGGGGUUCAGCGCUGUUACCAAUCUCCUAACGAAAAAAAGAAACAGACUGGACAUCAUUUGCCGAGGAGAUUUAAGAUUAACCCUUACAAAAUUGACGCCAAAUGUUGAUAAUUUAUUAUUAAAGCAUCAGGUUAUACCAGCACAAUCAGAGAACAUCCUAUUUCGACAUCCAGGGGUGAAAGAAGUUGCAUUGGUGGGAAAGCCAGAUGACAGGGUUGGGGUCUCCUACUGCAUUUGUACUGAAACAGAAAGACGCACUUUGAAAGAAGUCCGAAGGCCCGUGUGGUCCUACUAUUCUUUCCGGGAGAACGUGCUUAAAAAAGGAGAGGAGAUUUAUACGGCGCUGCUAUCUCACUUACAUCGUGGAAAGGGGCAAAAAGGCGAAGAUCAGAAUGCCUCAGGAAUUCCUGGCUGCCUACAUUUGGAAUUCGAAAACCCGGAUAAUACCAGCGUUCAAAUAUAG